UUGUCACCACUGUGUUCAACGUAUUCAAAACAACAAGCAACAAAAGAAAAUUGUCUGAAAGUUUCAUCGGAAGAAAAAAUCAAAUUACUCGCAAAGGAAAAAAUAUCAGAUUAGUUUGGCUGUGUUUUUCAAAAUGACUUUUUAAAUGCUGUAGUAUGUAUGUAUAUUAAAUUGUAUCGUACACAAAACUGUAAAGUUAGUAGUUAGAGAUCACACUGGACGAAAUUAAAAUGAAUCUACACGAGCCGGUCGAUAUGCUGAACAAGACCCUUGAGGAUCUCACACCCGAGGAAAAGAUGAGAAUUGAACACAUGAAGUUACAUGAAAAACACAAGGGUCAUGAAUCCAUGCAUGCUGAAAUGGUUGUUAUCCUGCUGGUUACGUUGAUCGUAGCGCAGAUCGUCCUGGUCGAGUGGAAAAAGCGCCACUAUAAAUCAUAUUCGCUCAUGACCCUGUUAGCACUUUGGUUGAUACCGUUUGCCCUAUGCUUGAGGAACCAAUACUGGCGCUUCACCUUUUUCUGGCUGAUUUUCAGCUGCAUAACGGCACUGGUUAUGCGGAAGGCGCUCAAAAAACCAGUGGCUGGCACCACCCCACGACUAGUGUACAAAUGGUUUUACUUUAUCUACAAGCUAAGCUACGGGCUGGGCAUCGUGGGCUAUAUUAUCAUGAUGUUCACCUUUUUUGGGCUCAACUAUGUUUUUAAUCAAGCACCCAAUGUAUGGAUGGAUAUUGGUUUGCUCUUCGUAUUCUAUGGAUUGUACUACGGUGUGCUGGGACGGGAUGUGUCGGAGAUUUGUGCCGAUAAGAUGGCUGCUCACAUUGGGUAUUAUACGCCUAAAGGUAUACCCACAAGGCACUUAGAGCGGAAUGUGUGCGCAGUAUGUGGUAAUCAGCUCCUCACGGAGGUAAACGAAACGGGAGUCAUCGAAGACACCUACAAGCUGUCCUGUGAUCAUGUUUUUCAUGAAUUUUGCAUACGAGGCUGGUGCAUUAUUGGGAAAAAGCAAACCUGUCCAUAUUGUAAGGAAAAGGUGGACCUUAAGAAGAUGUUCUGCAAUCCAUGGGAACGACCUCACGUGUUGUACGGUCAGUUACUGGACUGGAUCCGAUGGUUAGUGGCUUGGCAACCGUUGAUACUGUUCAUCGUGCAAGGCAUCAACUGGGUACUAGGAUUAGAAUAGCAACUCGGGAUAGGGCUUCUCCGUUGGCAACCGCAAACCAUGCAUUCGUUCACUGUGUCCUCAAUGUCACCGUCGUACUCGUCGUUGUCAUCUUUGUCGUUCGAAAAUGUCAUCGAUACCAAAACUCGCGCCCAGCGUAAGCUAGUAUUUUAAAUGAAAACUUCACCUCAGUUAUUUCCUAGUAUGAGUUGGUAAUAUUUUUUUGUAAUAUUAUGUUUUACAUCUCAUGGUAAAACUGGUGCAAAAAUAAUUGCCUGUGUGUUAGUCAAUCAUUCUUGUCACCGAAACCAGUUGUAGCACGUAGAAGUGAUGGGAGGGGCAAUGCUUCUACAUUUUCAAAACAACUUGCACCCAAAAUGAGUGGUUCGAGAACGUGAUCAGGUUUUAUAUUGUGUAAUUUAUGGAAUUAGUGAACUGUAGAUAAAAUUCAAUAAAACAUACUUUCCAUGCGACGCUACUGUAUUUUGUUUUGUUAUGAAAUUUGGCUCAGGCACUGUAAUAGUCUUAUCUUGAAAGCCUUCAUUUUUACGGAGCGUGGCUAAUUUUAGCGUCCUUGUACACAUAGAGGUGGCGUCUCGUGUUACACAUAUCGAUACCGAUAAAAACUGAUUUCAGUGCCUCAAUGCAGUAGUUC